AAACCUUACUUAAACCCUAGGGUUUGAAAAUAUCAAGGCCAUCUAAGUUUUCCUUACUCUUGAAUCAAAAAAUACAACACUCAUUUGGGAAGAAGCUUAGGGAGGGGAAAAAGCCCCUGCCAGAAUAAUUUUCUUCUUCCUUUUUUUUCCUUCAGACCUGUUUUCCUGCUGAUCACAAAUCUAUUUAUUUUGAUAUAUAUUCGUUACGUAGCGUUCCACCCAUCCAGAGGAAAUUCUGGAUAUUUAGUAAAUUCUUUUGUUUCAACUGGGUUUCAACUAUUUGUCGAUUCCUCGAAUAUGGGUGCUUCUGCAAGCCAUUCUGCCCCUACGCCCCCUUCGCCACUUCCUCCUUCACCUCCUCCUCCUGCCCCUCCUGUUGCUUCUCACACAGUUAACCCCCCUCCUCCUCCUCAUCCGUUAGGCAUUAUUGACCCAGCAAAGCCAGCGGAAGCUGCUGCUAAGGGCUCAGAAAAGGUGGAUUGGCUCAAUCUUCCCUGUCCCGUGCCGUAUGAUGAAGUGCAAAGAGAAGUUCUCAUGUCACUCAAGCCUGAACUAUUUGAAGGCAUGCGAUUUGAUUUUACGAAACCUCUUAAUCAGAAGUUUUCACUCAGCCACAGCGUGUUUAUGGGAUCUACAGAAGUUCCCUCACAAUCAACAGAUGUAAUCAAGGUUCCUAGUGGACAUUAUGAGUUUGGUGCAAACUUCCUGGAUCCAAAGUUGAUGCUUGUUGGACGGAUACUCACAGAUGGGAGGUUGAGUGCACGGGUUAAAGCUGACUUGACUGAGAAUCUGACACUCAAAAUAAAUGCACAGCUGACUAAUGAGCCACAUUUCUCUCAAGGGAUGUUCAACUUUGACUAUAAGGGAAAAGAUUUUAGAAGCCAGGUACAACUGGGGAAUAAUGCAUUUUAUGGUGCAAAUUAUAUCCAGAGUGUCUCUCCACACUUGGCUCUUGGUGGAGAAAUAUUUUGGCUUGGUCAUCAAAGAAAAUCUGGGAUUGGUUUUGCUGCGCGAUAUAAUACUGAUAAGAUGGUUGCAACAGGGCAAGUAGCUAGCACUGGGGUAGUUGCUUUGAGCUAUGUGCAGAAGGUCUCUGAAAAGGUGUCCCUUGCAUCAGAAUUCAUGUACAACAAUUCAACAAAAGAUACAACUACGAGUUUUGGUUAUGAUUACUUAAUGCGACAGUGUCGACUUCGAGGCAGGCUUGAUUCAAAUGGUUGUGUAGCUGCUUAUUUAGAAGAAAGACUGAACAUGGGAGUAAAUUUUGUUCUUUCUGCAGAGAUUGACCAUUGGAAGAAGGAUUAUAAAUUUGGAUUUGGGAUGACCGUUGGAGAGUUAUAAUUUUAACUCUGAAUGCCAGCAGUAAUGUGCUGACUUAUGGCUGUUGGCCUACAUAGAAUUCUUUCUGGUUGGUUUUGUUUGCAUCAUUGCUUGGUCAUUAAAUAACUUGCACAUUACGAGUUUAUGAUUAUCAGCUCUGCCUCAUGGCAUUUGUGAGCUGGAUCUGAUUCUCUUGUGUCUGCAUGGUACUUGCUUGUGUACUAUUGCAGGCAUAUUAUAGAUAAUCUGUCUUGCGGCCAUUUUUAUGGGGGAACGUGAGUCUUCGAGUUUUGUAUCAAAUUUAACAUAGUUUUUUUAAUGCCUUCCAGAUGAAUAAAAAAAUAUUUAUUUAAAGAA